GACAGGGUUUGAUGAAGAGAACUUGUUGAUGUUGAUGUGUACUAGGAAUAGGGGUGGGGCAUAUAACCAGUAAGGCUCACAAAGGUCUGGUGUGUUACGGUGAAUUACAAAAAUACUAAAAGACCUCGAGGUUGCCUCAUUCUGCGUUGUCAUCGACUCUUACCUUGAGUAACAUAAAAAGUUAGGAGCUCCAACGACAUUCUGAUUUUUUUUUUUUUACCCCUGAAAGCAGAGAGGAGAGGACACUCUCUCCACACCACAGAUAAUGGCCCCAAGUCUGUCUUUGCUGCUGAUCUGUCUGCUUGCCUUGUAUACACCAGUGGCAUCCAAGAAAGAAUGUGGCCGCCCGUCCCUGGGUGACGGUAUGGACCUGGAGGGGCUCCAGAGGGUGUACUCCCCCGGAGACGUGGUGGUGCUGUCGUGUAAACGAGGAUAUACACCCACCUCAGGCUCUCGCACAAUCAUCUGCACUGCUAGUGGACACUGGACCAAGUCUAGACUCAAGUGCUCAACAAAGAGUUGCUCCUUCCCAGACGCCUUGGACCACGGAGACAUGGAGUUUGUGGACAUUGUCUACCAGAGUACCAUCAACUACACCUGCCACGAGGGGUACAUCCUGCAAGGAGCCAGUACCAUUGAGUGCUUGCAUGACGGACAAUGGAGUGAUCCCCCACCGAAGUGCACACCGGUGACGUGUGGUCUUCCUCCAAUACCUAAAUAUGGGAAAAUAGUCUACGACAGUAAGUUCACAGGCAACAUGACGGUGUUUGGUUUUGGGGGGACCUACGAGUGUUUCCCUCCACUUGUCCUCAUAGGCAAUGAGAGGGGAUCGUGCAGCACUAACGGAGACUGGACUGAGCCACCAGAAUGUAAAUUGGUGACCUGUUCAGCUCCAACAGACAUCAACAACGGCUACAUGAACAUUCAUGAUAAGAGGGAGUACGGCUUCAAGGAGACUGUCAGAUAUGGAUGUAAUAUAGACUAUGUCCUGGAUGGGCCUGUGGAGAUCGAAUGUCUCCAAACAGGGGAUUGGUCAAUAAAGCCAGCUUGCAGGGUUCCCUGCAAGGUAGAUAUUAAAAGAGGACGCAUCCUUUACAAUGGAAGGACAUUUUGGAUAAAGGAUUUCGAGCCCAAUAAAAUCUCACAUGGGGAAGUCCUCUCGGUCUACUGUAUGAACAAGGAAAAGAAGUGUGGCUAUGCAGUGUCAACGCAGUGCAUCGAUGGAAAACUCAAGAUCCCAGAAUGCUUUGAAGAACCAAGUGAUACAUUCGAUGAUGAUUCCCUGCCAUCUGAGAUAGCCCAGUGCUGAAACUCAACUGUGCAUGACAAAGCAAAUUGAGACCGAGAACAUUGAUUGCCUGAAUUAAAUGUCAAUAAAACCAUGUGUAUUUCUAUGUAAUGCAAUGCAUUUGUUCCUCGGAAAAAAAAUUCCGUAGAGAUCAAAUUUUACGAUGAAUAAAAAAUACUGUUUUCUUGUA